UACCCAGGCGGGUCAGGUGGAUCGAACAUGUUGUGAGAUCGAGACGGAUCGUUAAAGUUCGAUUUUGCGGCUUUGCUGCACACGGGCUCAGACCUGCGUCAAUUUCACGCGGACACUUGUGAGGAUUCAACUCAAUACUGGUGCAAUAAACGUCUUUACUACAGGUUAUCAUAAAUACACAAGUACUUUCUCCGGGCCGUGUUUUACUUUGAAGGCGCAGAGCUAAACGCGCAGCGGUCUGUGUGCGCGCUUUACGGAUGGAUGUCCUCUGGGAGAGCAGAGCCAAAACACGCUCCCAGUAAAACUUUUAGGAGAUCACACAAGUUUGAGGUCGUCAGGAGUUUUAAUCAACAUCCACGUCGUUUUACAAAGGUUUCAUGGACUUUUACUUUCAACUUUUACUUGAGAAAAGCAGCUGUGAGUCACCCGCGUAACGAGCGGCUUUGGACCAAGUUCUCGCUGUCAAACUCGUUGACAUGAGUUUGCUGCAUGGGCGACAGUGAGACCAAAGACUUGGGACUUUUCACGCAGUCUACCCGCCGCGCGCAUCACACUGAACGUGUCUGUGGCCUAUACCAGACUCAAACACGGACAUGCAGAAGUUUAACUCCACCGGCGGCCACAGCGACACUCUGCCCCGGGACGCAGACCUCCAGCUGCGGCUGGCUGACUGUGGAUCUUCGGGAGAGAGCAAAGAGAACGGAGCUGGAAAACACUUUCUGAGCCAGCAGCCAGAGCAGACACCUCUGUGCACCAAGAGACGAGUGCUGGUCGGCCUGGAUGUCAUCUGCCUCUGUGUUGCCUCCAUUCCAUUCUUCGCAUGUGAGCUAAAAGCGGUGACUCCAUACAGACGCGGGUUCUUCUGCGGAGACACGAGUAUCACCUAUCCCUACGUGGAGAGGGAGGCCAUUCCCGACAGCCUCCUGAUUGCUGGCGGCAUUGCUAUCACAGGAAUUACAAUAGCGCUGGGCGAGUGUUUUAGGGUCAAAUUCAGAGGCGUACACUCGCGGGCCUUUGUUCAAAACCGAUAUGUGUCUUGUCUAUAUAAGGAGCUGGGGAGCUUCCUGUUUGGCUGUUGCAUUGGUCAGUCCCUCACUAACAUGGCCAAACUGAGCGUAGGGAGACUGCGACCAAACUUUCUGUCAGUGUGCAACAUCACCUACUCGUCCAUAAACUGCACACCCGGCAGCUACAUACCUGUGGCUCCCUGUCGACAAAACAACACCAAACUAGUGGAAGAAGCCAGGAAGUCUUUCUUUUCGGGGCAUGCGUCAUUUGCGAUGUACACCAUGAUGUAUCUAGCAUUUUAUUUACAAGCUCGGUUGUCAUGGCGAGGUGCCCGACUGUUGCGGCCGCUGAUUCAGUUCCUGUUGGUGAUGAUCGCCAUCUACACCGGUCUGAGCCGCAUCUCCGACUACAGGCACCACCCCACCGACGUGCUCACCGGCUUCAUCCAGGGGGGCCUCACUGCGUACUGGGUGGCGUUUUACAUCUCCUCCAUGUUUAAACCCCGCGCUCGUCCAGACCUGUCGCCCACCUGCAUGUCUUUGGAGAGCCCUCUUUCCAGCCAGCAAACCGUCUGUUAGCACAGACUUACAAUUGUUCAAGCAAUCGCACGUUUAAAAGACAGAUGGACUACAGCAAGACAAUGAGUUUCAUGAAAGGGAAUCUCUAUGAAAGAAGAAGGAGCAAUCUAAUCCAAAACACAAAUACAGAAACCUAACUCAACAUGUGAACCACAAAAUACACACCGACUGCAAGACUGACCCGUCCAGUGAAACGAACUGCAUAGCUCUAUUUCAGAUUUUUAUAUGAAAAACAUCUAUUUUUGAGAGGACUUUUAGAAGCUGCUAAUGUUGAUAGUUUAUUUUUCCUUUGUGAUGGAGGUCAGUGUAAGCUCUAAACCCCACUGGUAUUUCCUUGUUGUUGGUGGAGACAAGAGGACGACAUUUUGCGCUUUCCUGGAAACAUCCCAGAGUCAUGUGACCAGCUAUAAUGAGGAAAUGCAUUGUCCAGAUUUGUCCAACUCUGGAUCAACAAAUCUUGCUCUUUGACGCCAUCUUUAAUCACUAUAACUAAACUGUAACUUGUUUAUAAGGAAUUAUUAAUGUUUAUUUUCUUCUACUGUUUUCGUUCUAACCACUUUUCCUUGUGUCAGAGGAGGAUGUUUGACUGAAUUAGUGAACUUUGACCUUUGCCCCGGACUCCUGUCUCCUGACCUGCACCUUGAUUUAUGCCACUCUUAACAGGGGGACCUCUCUUCUCCUGUGCCUCUUAUAAUUAGCACUUGAAAAUACAUAAUGCAAACUAACUAUAAUCAGUAUAAUGUAUUUUAUCACACGUUGAAUAAUCAGUGUUUGUUAAUGGCAAACUUAUACACUAUGUUUUUGAAUGAUAAUUAUUCAAUUGAAUGUAAAUAUGUAUGUAAUUUUGAAAACCACACACUCAAAAGUAUUAGUUCUUGUUGGGACAGUUUUACAUGUGUUUAUUUUACAUUUGUUGAUCAGGUACGAAGAUUAUUUUUUCAAUAGUUUAUGUUGUAACUACUAGACUGAGCCACAGUUAUUAUAUCAGAAAGCUAUAUUUUUGUGUUCGUAGUUAUUAUUAUUGUACAUCGUCUGUGAACGCCACUAAGGCAGAAAUAACCACUGUACUCAAAAAAACCAAACCAAUAAAUGAAUGUUGAAUAUUUGUA